AAGUCGAGAUCACGUUUCGCGUUAUUAACAACAUCCUCGCGUGGGUAGUUUUGUCCACCUUGACGUUAAAAGACCGACGGUUGUCGGCAACGAACGAUGUGUGCGUGCGAAAAACGAAAACGAUAACAUUUGCCGAACUCCAGUGUACGGAUGCAGUGUUGAGGAUGCGCCAGUGUCUUCUAUAGGAGGUUGAGUGCUGUGCAGAGUGACGGACAUGCCUGAGUUCCGACGGCUGGCAUCAAGUGUGAAGAAAAAGAAGUCACUUUCACCGACUCAGUUACUGAGUCAGUCGCACAGUUCCAUUUACUUGAUGCGAUAACGUUUUAGAUGCAUCUAAGCUCAGUACAAUUGGCGUGCGCGCUCCUGACGCUGGCGCUCGCCGCGGCGGGCGCGCCCCCCGCGGCGACGCCGCACCACGUCGCCCGCCGCUCCUUCUUCAACCUCCAGUGCAAGGGCGUCUAUGACGCCGCCAUCUUCGCUCGCCUUGACAGGAUCUGUGACGACUGCUAUAAUCUGUUUAGGGAGGCGCAGCUUUAUACUUUAUGCAGGCAAGACUGUUUCACGACAGAGUACUUCAAGGGGUGCGUCGAGGUGUUACAAGAACAAGACCAGCUAGAACUCUUCAAGACAUAUAUAAAACAGUUACAUGGGGCGGAUCCAGGGAUUUAGGGCCAAAUGUUUCACCACGCCCUACUUCAAGGGCUGCAUGGAGUCUCUGUACCUCUACGACGAGGAGGAACAAAUAGAUCAAAUGGUGGACUUCGUCGGACGCUAACGCACUCAACGCCAUCUAGCGCGCGGAGCGGUCAACCAGCGCUCACCACACACGCUCCGCGGUCACCAUCGCAAUCCCUGACCGCGCGGACGCUACCACCUUGCGUACACUGCGGUCAACGCUACCGCGGCGGUCACAGCGGUCGCCAUCGCAGAAGCAGAAAGUCACGUUCCUCCUGCUUUCUAUCCUCAACGUAUUCUAGUCUAUUAUGCGGCAUAAAUUUAUUUAUGUUUGCAACUAAUGUAAUGUUAUCAUAAUUCGUAUUUAAGGACAUUUAUUAUUAUGUAUUUUAUUAAACGAAAUGUAUAUUUUAUUAAGUGUUGUGUGUAAGCUUAGCCAAGAAGUAGUACAUAAAUCAGUCCACCUCCUAGGUACUGUCUGACAGCUUCCCGAAGAUGCUGGCCAUCUGACUCGAACGAAUUCGCGACGCAUUCCAAAACCAGUAUUUUUAAAAACGCUUUUUUAAUGUUUUUUUUUUACUGUUUAAAGGACUAAACAUAGGCCUAAUAUACAUGUACGCUCUAGUGAUAAGAAUCACAAAAGUGGCUUAAAGUUUUAUAGGAAUAUUGUCAACUAGGUUAUAUUUUUAACGCCACAACAUUAUCACAUUACUAACCUUCAAUUUAAAUUUAGAAUUUAUAACUAUUUUGAACACAAUAAAUUAAGUAUUUAAAAUGUCACAUACCAUAUCCUAUUUAAAUACAUUCUACAGAUUUUAUGAAAAGCAGACGUCAUAAUCAUCACAAAGUAUUUUAAAUAAAAACUAUUGUCUGUUUAUUUCUUUUGUACUGGAAAUAAUUAUUUUUCGCUGUAAUUAAAUUCUUCGCUUAACCGUUUAGUGUUAAAGAGCGCGAGGUUGAAUUUAUUUAGUUAUUUAAUUUAGUUUUAAGUAUUUAUAAAGAUUAUUUUUAUAUACUUCCGAACUAUUUAUUGUUGAUUUAUUUAUUUGCACAACGGAAUAUGCAGCUAUAGAUGCCAGUUGACAUAGUAUUUUAAACGGUAUUAUUUAAAAAUUAAAUUAUUAAUGUAAAUUCUGUAUUUCAUCUCACAAGGUGCUAAAUAUGCGGAUAUAAUAACAAAACAAAAUGUUCAUCUUGAAAGAAAUCAAAUUGAGAAUGAAUUGUUACUAUCACCUACUUAUAUACUGAUCUAUACACAGCGGUUUAUACUUAUUUAACAAAACUUUCGCUUUUCUCUCCGAAUCUCACUUUAAUUCUAUUAGCUAAAUAAAUAAAAUAAUGUAUUUAUUGAUAACUCAACAGAUACAUUAUUUAGUUAGAUUUGCGCAUUGCGUAUAUAUAGAACCGAGGUGCCAAUAACCCUAGUAACUAUUGGUUAGAGAUAUGUAGAGGACCUGUGGUAUAAAUGUAAAGAAUAUAAAUUUAGUAAAGUAAACCCUAUUUGUAUAAAUUUUAUAAAAACAGCCAAGAAACGCUACGGGUUCCGUGAAAUAUAUUUCAUUUCGAAAAUCA